AUGGAAGGGCCUUUGCAAACCUCCAUUCACACGUGCCAUGAAGACGGUCAAUGGAUGUCACAAUUACCGGAGAAGCUCUGGGAUAUUCCCCUCUAUAACUUAGCUCUUCCAGGGAGUCAUGACACUAUGACCUACUGCUUGGAUAAAGCCUCUGCUGUUAGUGGCAAUGAAUCCAAGCUGGUGAAGUUCUUAAACAUAUGCAUGCCCUGCAUUGUGCGCCCUAUUAUCAUGAAGUGGUCUACAACACAGGUACUGACUGUGACAGAGCAACUUGAGGCUGGAGUUAGAUAUUUGGACUUCAGGAUUGCCCACAAGGCUAUGGAUCCAUCUAUGAAUUUGUACUUCGUGCACAUGGUUUACACAACUGUUACUGUACAGGUAUUGCCGUACCUUUGGGAUGGCUAUAAACCCCAGUGCUAUUUCUCUGAUUUAAGAGCCAUCAUGAUCUGA